CACACACACAAAAGCGUUGCUUAUAACAAACAACAUAAACAUGCUCUCGAGAACAGGUGCCAGGGCCUGCUUGGCAGCUGGCCGACGACAUAUACCCGCCUCACUACGCCAUUCGCUUGCGCCUGCACGAAUAACAACAACCGAGCAACAGCCAUGCACAGCAACAGCAGUUUUGACAUUGCAGAUCGAUUACGGUCGGCGACGCCAUUUCGCGAGCAACACGAAAAACAGUACGCCAACGACACAGAAUAAAGAGUUAGCUACCAUGCUACGAGCGAUUGAACAAGAAAAUAUCAUACAGACACGCAAAUCCUUCUCACUCGUACGCAAUUCAGAUCGAGCGUUACUUGAUCGCGACGCGAUCCGCAAAGUAUUAAUGCUUGUUCGUAAAGGCGAAAAGUAUGCAGAUUUAGCAUUUGUGCGUGAAGUGGUCGAAACCAUGGAGGAUCAGUUUGGUCUCAAGCCUGAGCAUUUUGAAUACCAUGCGCUUAUCUAUGCGUAUGGUGUACACGGACGGCCUGGACCCACAUACCGAGUGUUGGACAUGAUGCGCGCCAACAACGUCAAGCCGACAACACAUACGUACAAUACUAUACUGGGUUGUUAUAAGCGUGCGAACGACGAAGUAUCGGCACUACGGAUAUUCAGGAUGAUGAAAAAGCAAAAUGUCAAACGUGAUCUCGUCACAUACAACACGUUGAUCCAUUUCAUCGAGCCAGCCAAAGCGCUCGCGCUCUACGAGGAGAUGGUGCAACAGAAAGUCAAGCCGGACGGAUACACCUAUUCGACUAUUCUCAGCAUUGCGACGCGCGAAAAAAACACAGAGAUAGGUGAUAGUGUCUAUAAUGAAGUGCUCGCCAACCCUAACGACGCCGUGGAUACCUUUACAAUCAACAGCUUGCUGGCAUACAAGGCGAACGGUCAAGAAGACUUCAAGGGUGCUUUGGAUCUGUAUUAUAGUUUACCGCAACGGUUUCCGGAUGUCAAGACCGACAUUGUUACAUACAACAUUAUGCUCGACGCAUGUCUCAAAGAAGACAAUCCAGGUCGUGCCUUCACCAUUUUCGACGACCUUAAGGCUGCCAAUUGCACGCCGACUGUCAUUACCUAUGGCACAUUGAUCGACGCCGAGGCGAGACUGAACAAUAUGAAUGGCGCGCUCCGAUUAUUCGACGACAUGACGUAUCGAUCCAUCAAGCCCAACGAACGGGUCUUGUCAUCACUUGCCAAUUUGGCUGCUCGAGAAUCCGAUCCAAAAUUGCUGACGCGCGUAUGUGAUACUGUACAACGGUAUAGCGACGAAUUCCGACUCGAUGCAAUGGCAUACAAUGGAUUAUUGAGCGGAUUAGCGAGACACGGACGCUCUGCGCAGGCACAGAUGCUCUAUGAUCAAGUGUUUCGCCACGAUUCGCGCCGAGCCGACAUUGCCACGUUUACCAAUUUAAUGCUGGCGUAUGUCAACGACAAUCAGUUGGAUGACGCCAUGGAUAUCUAUUACGAGUUGCGAGAACACUAUCAAAAUGCCGAGCCGGGCCAGGCCAAGGUUACGCUCGACACGACGUUCUAUACGACCUUACUAUCUGCCAUGACAGCAUUGCCGGGACAAGAGAUGCAUGGUUUAGACGCAGCACCGAAUUAUGCAUACAUGGUUGAAGAUAAGCAAGACAUUGUUGACAAUCUCGACGGCACAUCGCAGCCUAACCUUUUACGGGCGCUGACACUGUUCAACGACAUGCGACGACUCCUCAUCCGGCCCAAUGCGCACGUGUAUACUACCAUGUUGUAUGCAUGUGCGAAAUACCGAGACGCUUUUGCCCUGGAACAGAUCCACCGAUUGAUCCGUAUGGACUUGUACUUUGAUCCGGACACGGCCGUCUACAACGCACUGAUGGACGCGUACAACCGGGUGGGUGACGGUCAGGUUGUGUUGCAAAUGUGGGACGUGUUGAUGUUGUCGUCCGCACCCAAAACGGCGAUCGAUCAGGUGACCAUCUCAGUCGUGCUUGACAGCUGUGGACACAAUGGUUACAGCCACAAGGCGUACGAUGUCUGGCGCAGGGCCAAGCGGUCAGGGUUCGAACUCAACACGAACAACUACAACUCGUAUAUUGAAUGCUUGUGUCGACAGAGAGGGCGAACUGGAUGGGAUGAGGCACGACGCGUGAUCAGUGAGGAGAUGCGGCCCCCGCGGUUGUCGAGUGAUCCACGACCGGCGGUGGAAGAAAAGACGGUGAAUACGCUGAUUGCAUUUGCACGGAAAAAGGGAUUUGCGCCAGAAGAAGUGGAUGAAUUGGAAGCGUGGAAGACGCAACUGCUGCUGUUAUAAAACUUCUUUAUCCCUCUCUCCCAUCUUUCCUUCUCUCUAAUAUCCAUACACACACACACACACACUCACUCAUCAUGUAAAGACAGUAUAAUAUAUAUAUAUAUAUAGACGCCAUCCCACUUGUUUCUUCAAUACCAACCACUCUUUCUAAACGCUUUAGCGUGG